AUGGCCCAGGCCGCCUGGAAUGGGACAGGGACUCCGGAGUUGGUGCUCGUUGGGCUGUGGGCACCGCCAGCCCUGCGUCCCUUGCUGUGGACAGCUCUCUUGGCGGCCUAUGUGGCCACAGUGCUGGGCAACGGCGCGCUGGUGGGGCUGAUCACACUGGACCAGCGGCUCCACCGGCCCAUGUACCGCCUGCUGACCCACCUGGCACUGCUGGACACGGCGUACGUGAGCACUACACUGCCGCAGGCUUUGGCGCACAUGGUGGCUCGCAGGGCCACCCUCUCCCUGGCGCGUUGCGGGGCGCAGCUCUACGUCGGCAUCUCUCUGGGCAGCUGCGAGGCCAUCCUCCUGGCCGCGAUGGCCCUGGAUCGUUGCCUAGCCGUGUGCCAGCCUUUGCGCUAUGCGGCCAUCAUGACGUCCACGCGUUGCGCCACCUUGGCCCUCGCCGCCUGGACGUUGGGAUUUCUGCUGUCUGUGCCAAACGCUGUGGCUGCACUGCGUCUGCCCUUCUGUCCGGGGAGGCCCCCGGUGGACCAUUUCUUCUGCGAGCUGCCCGCCGUGCUGAGGACGGUGUGCGCGGAUACCACGGCCAACCAGAUGCUGGUCUAUGGCUUAGGCACUCCCAUUCUGUUGAUUCCUUUAUCCUUCAUUCUCACCACCUAUACCCUGAUACUGAGCGCUGUGGGUAAGCUGCCGUCGGCCAAGAGCCGCCUCAAGGCACUGUCCACUUGCAGCUCGCACCUGGCCGUGGUGGGCCUCUUCUACGGCACAGUGACCGCCAUGUACCUGGGCCCACGGAACUCCAGCGCUCUCCCCGCCAAGCAUCACAAGCUGGUGGCUGUGUUCUACCUCGUGGUCACACCUGUCCUGAAUCCACUCAUCUACAGCCUCCGGAACCGCGAGGUCCACGCAGCUGUGCGGUAUGCGCUGGCCCGGCUCCGGGGAACACGCACAGGGCUGGACUGA